GGGACGCAGGCGGUUGCGGAGGCGGCGGCGGAGGAAGGGACCGGAGCGGGGGCGGGCGAGCGCGGCGGAAGCCACAGAGCGCGGGAGGGCCGGUGGCUGGCUCCGGGCGAGAGCCGGGGCGGCAGCGACAGCUAUCGCGGCGAGCGAGUCACAGGCGGCGGGCGGCAGCGGCGGCCACGGGGGCCCGUGUCCGUGCGCCCCGGCGGCCACCGGGCGCGGGCCGGCACGAUGGAGCCGCAGCACGUGCGCCCCGCGGUCGCAGCCCGCAGCCCGACCUGGGAGGAAUCGGAACCGGAGAGGAUGGCCGGAGCGGGCAGCCAGCACCACCCUCCAGGAGUCGCGGGAGGAGCGGCUGCUGGGGCCGGCACCGUUUCCCCCACCGCUGCGGGACCGGGAGAAGAUUCUUCUGACAGUGAAGCUGAGCAGGAGGGACCCCAGAAGCUGAUCCGCAAAGUAUCCACCUCUGGACAGAUCCGGACCAAGACCAGUAUUAAAGAAGGACAGCUGCUGAAGCAAACCAGCUCUUUCCAAAGGUGGAAAAAGAGAUACUUCAAGCUUCGAGGCCGUACACUUUAUUAUGCAAAAGACUCCAAGUCCUUGAUAUUCGAUGAAGUUGACCUCUCAGAUGCCAGUGUCGCUGAAGCAAGCACAAAAAAUGCCAACAACAGCUUCACGAUAAUCACGCCAUUCAGAAGGCUGAUGCUAUGUGCUGAGAACAGGAAGGAGAUGGAAGACUGGAUCAGCUCUCUGAAGUCAGUGCAGAGCCGAGAACCGUAUGAGGUGGCCCAGUUUAAUGUGGAACAUUUCUCAGGGAUGCAUAACUGGUAUGCCUGCUCCCAUGCCCGGCCCACCUUCUGCAACGUGUGCAGGGAGAGCCUCUCCGGAGUGACCUCCCACGGCCUGUCCUGCGAAGUGUGUAAGUUCAAGGCUCACAAAAGAUGUGCGGUGAGGGCCACUAAUAACUGCAAAUGGACCACGCUGGCCUCCAUCGGGAAGGACAUCAUCGAGGAUGAGGACGGUGUCGCUAUGCCUCACCAAUGGCUUGAAGGCAACUUGCCUGUGAGUGCCAAGUGUGCAGUCUGUGACAAAACCUGCGGCAGCGUCCUCCGCCUGCAAGAUUGGAAAUGCCUUUGGUGUAAGACCAUGGUCCACACCGCCUGCAAAGAUUUGUACCAUCCCGUCUGUCCCCUCGGCCAGUGUAAAGUAUCUGUCAUCCCUCCGAUUGCACUAAACAGCACAGAUUCUGAUGGUUUCUGUCGAGCAACCUUUUCGUUCUGUGUCAGCCCUCUCUUGGUGUUCGUCAACUCUAAGAGUGGAGAUAACCAGGGAGUAAAGUUCCUUCGUCGCUUUAAACAGCUGCUCAACCCUGCUCAGGUGUUUGACUUAAUGAACGGAGGGCCUCACUUAGGCUUAAGGUUAUUUCAGAAGUUUGACAACUUCCGGAUUCUUGUCUGUGGAGGAGAUGGAAGUGUAGGCUGGGUUUUGUCAGAGAUCGAUAAACUGAACUUGAACAAACAGUGCCAGCUCGGGGUCUUGCCUUUGGGUACAGGCAAUGACCUCGCUCGAGUUCUUGGCUGGGGUGGUUCCUAUGAUGAUGACACUCAACUUCCUCAGAUACUAGAGAAGCUGGAAAGAGCCAGUACCAAAAUGUUGGACAGGUGGAGUAUAAUGACAUACGAACUCAAAUUGCCAGCGAAGACGUCUCUGCUUCCUGAACCCACAGAAGCAUCUGAAGGAUUUUUUAUGACGAUUUAUGAAGACUCGGUUGCCAAUCACCUUUCGAAAAUCAUCAAUUCUGACGAACACGCAGUGGUCAUAUCGUCUGCCAAGGUCCUCUGUGAAACCGUGAGGGACUUCGUUGCCAAAGUGGAGAAGGCACAGGACAAAACACUGGAAAAUACAGUAGUAGCCGAAGCCGUGGCCAGUAAAUGCUCAGUCCUAAAUGAGAAGCUCGAACAGCUGCUACAAGCCCUGCACGCAGAUGCUCAGGCCAGUCGGGUGCCCCCAGGGGUCGGCCCUGCAAUCCCCGAGGAGGAUGCUGUGGAGUCCUCCAGUGAAGAGUCCUUGGGUGGAAGCAAGGACCAGCUCGUGAAUGACGUUGCCAAACCCUCCUCCCAGAAAGGCCUGAAACCCCAGGAAAUAAUGCUGCGUGCAAACAGUCUCAAGAAGGCAGUGAGGCAAGUCAUUGAAGAAGCUGGAAAAGUUAUGGAUGAGCAGACAGUUCACCCCUGUGAAGCAGUUAGUCAGUCUGGUGACUAUGACAGCACAGAAACGGAUGAAUCUAAAGAUGAUGACGCGAAGGAGUCGUCCGCAGCCAAAUCCUCAUCUCAGUCUCCUGAUGCCCAGGCAAGUCGUGGUCACCUCCAAACUGAUUCUGCCGCCGGUUCAGCUGUGGCCACCACCAAAGAAAAUCUCCCUGUGCUCAACACCAGAAUUAUCUGCCCAGGUUUAAGAGCCGGACUCGCUGCCUCGAUUGCCGGGAGUUCCAUCAUCAACAAAGUGCUGCUGGCCAACAUCGACCCUUUUGGUGCCACACCGUUUAUUGACCCGGAUCUCGAUUCGCUAGACGGAUACUCAGAAAAAUGUGUCAUGAACAAUUACUUUGGGAUUGGAUUAGAUGCAAAAAUUUCAUUAGAAUUUAAUAAUAAGAGAGAAGAGCACCCUGAAAAAUGCAGAAGCCGAACUAAAAACUUGAUGUGGUAUGGAGUCCUGGGGACCCGGGAGUUAUUACAGAGAUCAUACAAAAACCUGGAGCAGAGGGUCCAGCUUGAGUGUGAUGGGCAGUACAUUCCUCUACCCAGCUUACAAGGCAUAGCGGUGCUGAACAUCCCUAGCUACGCAGGAGGCACCAACUUCUGGGGCGGCACCAAAGAGGAUGAUAUAUUUGCUGCACCGUCAUUCGAUGACAAGAUUCUGGAGGUCGUUGCCGUGUUUGACAGUGUGCAGAUGGCAGUAUCAAGAGUCAUCAAACUGCAGCAUCACCGGAUAGCACAGUGCCGUACAGUGAAAAUCACCAUAUUUGGUGAUGAGGGAGUCCCUGUGCAGGUGGAUGGCGAAGCGUGGGUGCAGCCUCCGGGGAUCAUCAAGAUCGUGCACAAAAACAGAGCCCAGAUGCUAACGAGAGACAGAGCCUUUGAAAGCACUCUGAAGUCUUGGGAAGACAAGCAGAAGUGUGACGCCGGCAAGUCCGUUCUCCGAACCAACCUGUACAUCCAUCCCACCGCCGACCUGGCAACGGAAGAAGUGUCGCAGAUGCGGCUCUGCUCCCAGGCCGCAGAGGAGCUCAUUACUAGGAUUUGUGAUGCAGCCACGAUUCACUGUCUGCUGGAGCAGGAACUGGCUCAUGCAGUAAAUGCAUGCUCGCAUGCCCUGAACAAAGCCAACCCACGCUUCCCGGAGAGCCUUACGAGAGAUACCGCCACUGAAAUAGCCAUCAAUGUCAAGGCCCUAUAUAAUGAAACAGAGUCUUUGCUCGUUGGCCGGGUUCCUUUGCAGUUGGAAUCUCCCCACGAAGAGCUGGUAUCCAGUGCCUUACACUCUGUGGAGGUGGAGCUGCAGAAGUUAACAGAGAUCCCCUGGCUUUAUUACAUCCUCCGCCCCAAUGAGGAUGAGGAACCUCCAAUGGAUUGCACCAAAAGAAACAGCAAAAGCACAGUCUUCCGCAUCGUGCCAAAGUUUAAAAAGGAAAAGGCUCAGAAACAGAAAACAAAUUCACAGCCUGUUCAGAAUUGGGGCACAGAGGAAGUUGCUGCUUGGCUGGAUCUGCUCAAUUUGGGAGAGUACAAAGAAAUCUUCAUCCGUCAUGACAUCAGAGGGCCUGAACUUUUGCAUCUGGAAAGACGAGAUCUUAAGGACCUGGGGAUCCCGAAAGUGGGUCACAUGAAGCGAAUUCUCCAGGGAAUUAAAGAGCUUGAGAGAAACCCUCCCAACUUGCUCUGAGGUGUGGUUGCACCGGUGCUAUUUCCUGGAAGAGAAGUCCUGGGGACUCAAUACAGAGUUCUUGGAAGCCACUGCUGUUCUAGUGAUUUCCUGGUAGAAACGCACCACUGAAGCACCUCUCUGGAUUGGAGUUUUGCUGUGGGUGAAAGUUUGGAUUUGAGGUAUUAGAAAAUCGUUUUUUGUGCCAAAAACAAGCAAGCAAACAACCCAACCCAUUCCACGAAGCCAUUUUCUUACUGUGCAAACCUGACAUGCUAGAAAAUGCUUGCAGUAGGGAGAAGCGGGGGAAUGGCUGGAGGCAGUUGCCUUGUCUGAAAGGUGGAAUUCUCACUCGCUGAUCCUCCACUCUCCCUAGAGCAGGACUGGCAGGAGGCUCUUCCGCGCAUGCGUAGCUGUGUCAACAGUAUGCAGCCGAACCGUCUCAGGCUUCCUCAGUGAGGGCGUUGGCUCCCCCUUAGACAUCACUGGUUAGGAGAUGAAGAUGGGAAUUGUAUUUUGAGUGUUUUCACCCUAAGUUCCCAGUAUCCACUGGUCAAAGAGUAUGGUGGGACCAACCCAUCACAUACUAUGAAUGACGCGAAUCUAAUGCACGAUGCUCCUGCCUGAGUCGUCUUUCUUUUUCUUGCAUGUCAUGUAUAUUACUGUAGUACUUCAGUAGCUGUAAUGUCUGCUAUAAUGGAAUUUAAUUUAUUACCACCUGACUACUCAAGCACUUUUUGGUUGGUUAAGGGCACUUUUGUCCAUUGUGGACUUUGGAGAGAAUAUCCCACUCUGUGAACGUUCAUCUGUGCCAUGAUCAACAAAUGAUGUACAUCUUCUGCAGACCAAAUUGAUUUGCCUCUCCCAAACCAUAGGUGUGCGCAUUCAGAGAAUUGUUGGGCAUUUUCAUAAGCUUUACACCUUCUGUUGCCUCACAAAACUUAAAUUGCAACUUUCCAAGCCUCACAUUUUGUUCCCAUUUCUUUUUCAUUUCAAUUUUAUAACCAUUUUGAGUUUCUGUUUGAAUUGGUAAAACUGUUGGCAUAGAGGAGUUGUCCAUGGUCUCAGCUGAGAUUUGCACCCUGCGUUGUCUGGACUAGCUGAAGCAAUUACUGACAUGAGGAAAUUUAAUGGAAGGUUUUAAUUUUGUUUCUUAAGGGCUUUUGUAUUACUAUCUCACACAAAUUUUGAUAGUCUAUCUUGUAGAUAUCAUUUCCCUUUUAAAGAAACCAUUAUAUGUCAGUGUUGCUCAGUAGAAUUACCAAGUAUUUGAAAGCCAAAGGUAUAUAUGUCAAAAAAAAAAAGUAAAAAAAAAAUCUCUUUAAGUGUUUUCUGGUCAUUAUAUGCCAAAAAUUAAUUGGAAUAUUUGCAAGUUCUGUAUAUAAGAGCAGCAAGCAGGUUGCUGGUCCAGCAGAGACUCUUUUGAUAAAGUAAUUUGCUAGGUGCUUAGUAGAUAAACAUGCUCACACAUGUGUUCACAUACCUGCCCAUAUACCCUUACCUGCAUAUAUACACUUUACAUAGUGUCUUGAGAUACAGUGUCCCUGGUAUUUUCUAGACAAAUAUUUGCUCAAUGUUUGACAUUUCAUUUUUAUUUCUAGCUUGGCUAUUUACUAGUAAAAAAAAAUCACAAAAUUUAGAUACCUUAAACAAAGCAAAACCAAAAAAAAUCAACAGACAAUCUCGAUGGGUUCCUGACCAUAUAAAUAUGUCUGACUAUGUAUUUUUUACCUAAAUUGUGCACAAUGGAAAUUUUCCAAAGAUAAUUCAUAUCAAGGCUUUUAAGCUGAUAAUAGGCCAACCACUUAGUAAUUUUAAUGUUAUGCACGCCUGGGAAGUUGAACAUGCCCUUUGCAAUCCCUUUUGUAUACCCCUUGGUGAGAACCCUGCCAACACUUUCUAUGAAACCAGAUUAUCGGAGGUCAGAUUCACAGAACUUUCCCCAGAUCAUUGCUCAGGAGAAAGGGCUAGGGUUGAGGCUGGGGCUCCAGCAUAAGGAGUGUAUUACUAUAAAAAUUACUAUUGAGUUUUCACCUUCCCCCAAAUACAUCUUUGUCAACAGAAAAAAAACAAUGUUCUAUUGACUACUUCCCUAGGGGUGGGCAGUGAUGGGCUUUGCUUUUGUUUGAUAAUCUUUGCAGUUCCUGCCAACACCUUUUAUGUAUUCUGUAGAAUCCCAACUCAUGGAAACUUUAAGUAGAAUGGCUUUGGGAUGAUGGAAAUCCUUUAAGAUGACAACUUGGACCAGCGGUUUGUUCCCAUGUGAACGUUUUUCUCUGUAAUCCAUGUCCGCAGGUGUCAGGGCUGGACUCCAGUAAGUGCUGAGGCCUGCUUACCAGCAGUAUGCUCUCAGAGAUUCCAUCCGUCUCUGCUAGUGUCAUGAGGAAACCAUCUCAUCCUAAGUAGGGUUUCCAAAACAGGAAUGUGGGAAUUGCCUCUCGCUAAGAUCCAGUUACAUCUGGGAAUGUAGAGGACUGUGUCUUUGAUCCUUGCUGAAGUGGAGAGAGACUAGAUGCUCACCUGUGCACCUGUCUGUAGCUUGCUCUUGUCUCCAAAUUAUUUAAGGUUCAUUUGUUGCCCCCCACUCCCACCCCAAAGUAAAGGAACAGAGUCAGGUUUAAGUAAAACUCCGGGUGACUGGAGUGACUCAGCUGCGUCCACCCAAAUUCUCAUUGCCUCCUGCUCCCCUUUCUUCAGUGAAACCUUUCACCUCCCUGAUUCCUUUUUUCAAUGUCAUGAAUCAUUUAGUAAAAUGUUGGGGCCAAUUAAAUAAGUUUUCAGUUUGCUAGAUAAUCAAACUGAAUUGAUGGGUUAGGGCAUUUAGAAACAUACUGCUGUGGUUGAGGAGAGACAAGCUGUGGGUGUUCAGAUCUGUGCUGUCUGGUAUUUCAGCCGCUGGACACCUGUGGCUAUUAAAUGUGUUUAUUCUUACUAGAAACUUCAUCUAUUAAUUGUACCACCCACAUUUUGAGGGCCCUGUAAACAUAGAUGCAAAACAUUUCCACCAUGGCAAAAAUACUCCAUUUGACAGCAGUGGACUAGGUCGCUCUACUCAAAAUGUGGUCCCUGGGUCAUCAGCGUUAAUGUUAUUUGGGAGCUUACAAAAACUGCAGAAGCUUGAAGCGAACAAGAUGAUUCAGCUGGUCUAGCAUCAAGUUUGAUACCAGAUGCCACAUAAAAGUGGGAGAAGAAAACCACUUAGAGACUCAUCCUCUGGCCUCAGUAUGCCCACCAUAGCAUGCUCACCAACAUAUACCAUCCAUACACACACAAUAAUAAAUGAAUGAAUUUUUGAAUGCAGAACCUCAGGUCCAGUCCAGAUCUCUGCUGAACCCAGAUCUUCCUUUUAGUCCUAUUUCUCCAGCCCCUAGAGACUCUCAGCUGCCACCCAUCCAUCCACAGUUGUUCAGUUUGUUAUGCAUGUGAUAUGCUCAGUGGCUCAUGACUUAAUUCACACUGAACGUUCCAGAAGAAUAUGUACUGAGAUAAAGAUUAGGCAGUCUCCUUCAACUUGUACAUUUUCGUUUUUUUGUAUCAGUAGAUUAUUCUGUUGACAUAGUUCAUGCUCGGAGACACGAAGCAGCCCACACAUAUUAGAUGAAUCACUGGGUAUGCAAAAGAAGAAAAAGAGAGAAAGAAUCAAAAUGAUCACAAGGAAAGUGAAUGCCAUUUAGACUCUGAAAGCAGGCCUAUUUUGCUAGAUUUGGGUCCCUUUGUCAUAUGCCGACUCCUCUGGAUUUUUACAUGGUUCUUGAUCCCUUAAAAAUAAGUCCUGAAAAACAAUAUGUUCUUGGCCUCCAAAUUCAAAUUGUUAACUCUAUAAUGAGAUUUCUUUUUCCCAGUGAUCUAUUGUCAGGAAUCUGUCCGUUAAUUAUUUUUAUAUUUUGAUAUAAAUUACCCAAACAUAGCUUCCUAACUACUUUGAUAUAUAAGAUCUUACUCUUUUUGACUCCAUGGUUAUUUUGACAUGAAUUGACAAGCUACGAAUUGAAAUGUAUAGGUGGUCCCUCUGCAUAGACCUUGCAGAGUAAAUCUUUGACCACUCCAACUGACAGGGUGAACUUCCAUUUUCCAAGGGCCAAUUCUUUGGAUCUAUCAGUUUUGAUUAAGCUGUAAAAUCAAUUCCCUUUUCACCUCUGACUUCUAGUGUCUCUCAGUGGACACAUUCUCUGUAGCGUUAGGUUUUCAAACACCCACCUCUCCCCAGUACAGGUGUUGAGCAGGGGAGGAAUUGGGAAUGAAGCAUCCUCAGUGGCUUCCACAACUUGGCUGCUGGGCCUCCCCAAGAGUCGUGACCCCUCCCCUAGUUUGUUGUUGCUGUGGUAUCCUCAGUUGACUUUUGUAUCACAAUCUCUGUCUUAUUGGUACCUUAGCAACAGGAUCCCUUCACAAAGAUGUAACUAGGACUCUUGGAGAGUGAUUAUUAUUGUUGUUUUGUAAUAAGCAAAGCCUUGCUUUUCUUUAUUAUUAUUAUUUUCCCUGGUUUGGUUUAGAGAUGUUUAUGUUAGAAGAAAAUGUAUAAAGGUUUGUUGAUAGAGAAGACAGAGAGCUAAAAACAGCUGGACUGUACCUGCCUUUUUCUAUACUUGUCUCUGUUAUUUUCAGGAAAAGAAAUUAAACAGUGUAGCUAAGACUGUAUUAACUCAAUAACCAUGCUUAAGAUAGACUCCACAUUAUAUAUUAUAGGUGAACAGAUUACUUCCUUUUAUGUAAUUUAAGAUAUUGUAUUUACAUUAUUUAAUAUACUCAAUUUUUUUGCACUUCCAAGUUUUAGUUGGAAAACAAAAAGCGAGCCACAGCUUUAAACUUUUUUUUUUUAAAAAAAAACAUCCAUGUAAAAAUAUUUCCUUUCAGCUACAAGUUACACAUUGUGUAAGACUUUGUGACUAGUCUGGGUAUUUCAUACUGUCUAGAUUUCAAGAGUAGAUUAGCCAGCCGAACACAGGGUUACUUAUAAAAUGCAUUAAAAUAAAGACAUUUCAUACUCAUCUGAUGCUCUCAAGGUAGGAAGGUAGGAUAAUGCAAUUGAAUAUGUAAGCCAACAAGGAAAGCGAAUGUGGUUUAUGACCCUUACUAUUGGAUUGCACUGUGGUUCCGCACAGCUUAGCCCUUUCCACGGCUACAUUCUGAGUAUUCAACACAUGUGCAGCCGAGGGCUGCUUACAGUGCUGGUAAGUGCUACCUGGGGAUGCGGAAGACUUGGGUAGAAUAGCACACCCAGUUUUGUGAGUUAUAUAUUGUAUACUGAAAAUGACUAAUACAUUGGAGUAAUAUAUUUAUUAUCUAGAGCUGGUAAAUAUGGAAAUUAUUUUCAAGCCUUCAAGGAAAUUGCAUUGGCUUUUCUCUAUCAACAAGAUAAAAGUCACUCGUAUGUUUAAACCUAUUUGUACAACAGCUGUCUCCUUUACUGGUAUUAUUAAUUUUCAUAUUACAAUUUUUCUUACCUUUUUAUACCAAAAGGAUUAUCAUGCUGGUUAUUCAAACUUGCCAAGAUGUAUUUGAGUUUGCAAGCCUUUUAGCAGAUAAAAUAUUUAAUAACAGAUAUAAAAGCUUUGUAUAUUUUGUGGCUUUAGGGGCAAGAACUGUACCUUUGAAUUUUUCUCUGUGAGACAGUGCUGAUGUCAGCACCGUCCCUUGAAGGCAGUAUUACUUAGAACCAGUUGUAUAAAUCAGUGCCCUUAUUUAUUCUGUUGUGAAAUAUACUCUUUAUACAGAUGCGUAUUUGAACUCCUUUUGUUUUACUGCUGUUGCCUGGAGUGUAAUAGCUCUGUUGACGGUUGACUUAUAUACUUGAAAUGCUCUUUUCUGUCAAACAGAUGCCCAGUGUUUUCCUUCCUAAAAACAAAACAGAAAAAAAAAACCCAAAAUACAAAAUUCUGUUUUCUUUCCUGUCUUAGAUAACUGAAUAGUCAUAGCAACUUUUUUCUAUAAAAUGAUUUUUAUAUCUUAAAAGUCACAAAGUAGCCAGAAAGCACGAGGAUGAAUAGUGUCGUCCAGAGAUCUGCCUUGCUUGUAUUUUGCCCCGUGUAUGUUAGAACUUCAGUCUGUAACUCUUUCCUUCUGUGGAUUUUUAGCUUUGUGGCGGGGACAUUGUCUUUGAUUGCUUGAUUGCACUGGCCAAUUCUGACAAGCACUGAAUCUUGAAUCCUCUCAAAGAUCUCAGACCUCUGAUGUCUAAAUCUCGGUUCUAAAGGCUAUGCUUGACAUCUGUUUCUGUGUGAUUGGGGGCCCUGCUGCAAAUGGUACCCACGGUGGGCGCUGUUUGCUUACUUCUGCCAAGUAAUCAGCAAGUUAAACCCAGUUUUUCCUGAUUUUCAUUUGGAGACAUUCUUGACUCAACUAUUUAAAAACCCAAACAUUUAAAAGGCAGUUGCCCGGUAUUGUUGUCAGGGAAGGAACAAAACUCCAACUGAACAUUGUAAAGCUAAGAAAACACUUUAAUCCACCUGAUUUCUCUGAUGUGAACAGCAGGUGAGUUGUGGGUUAUUUAAGCCUCUUAGGAAAUUAAGAAUUAGCUUGCUUUUAGUGACAAAGGUUUAUAUUAUACUGUUGUAGAUGCGUUUAUUGAGGAUAGAAUAAAUGAGACUAUGUUAGAUGCAUAGCUGAUCCAGGAACUUGGGGCAGUUUGGCAUGGCCUAGGAACAAAGAGUUUGAAUAUAUCUUUCAUGUUGUAUUGUGGAAGGACAGAGCACACACGAAAUACAUGACCUGGUGGGCAGUGCACCUCAGAAAGCUCCAGCUCCAUCGGUCAGGGCUGAGGUCCUUCCUAGAAUUAGUUAACUCUCCAGGAAGCCCGUUUACCGCAAAACCUUACAGGUCAAUUAAGGAGGCGGUUUGGUUGACCUAAUCCCUAUGACAUUUAGAACAGCCCCUGCAAUUGUUUAUUUCACGUGGUAGAGAUGUCUGUGCUUUCUCAACUCAGCAGUAGGCAGCGGGCAACUAGUCACAGGGGCUUAGAUGACUCCUGUGAAGGACAUGGUGAAGGUGAUUCAAUCCGUAACUUGAAGACAAAGAAAUUUUCAUGAAUUAGCUGAGCCUUGAAAUGUGUUAGCUCUGAUACUUUUUCCUUAAGAUUUGUUGUUUUUUAUUUAUAGUAUUUAUAGAGAACUCACCUCUUGGAACCUGAAGAGGUUCGUUCAGUUCCACCCUGUCAUAUUUUUUACACCCAAUAUAUUUUGAUGUCUGGGGUUCCCUGUUUGAAGGGUUGCCCAACACAGCCAGUUACAAGUAAUUAAUCAUUUUUCCACUCUGAGAAAGGACAGAUGUCAGCCUGAGUCCUACCUUGAUUUACGAUUUCUUUCCCAGUGUCAUUUUAGUUCUAACAGAGAAAGAAAGCUAGUGACCCUUGCCAUUCCGUCUAGAAGUGGAGGUAAAGAGCCUGGGGCCCAGCAGGAGAGUACUUGGUCUGCACGGUUGAAGCCUCAACGGGUUCAGUCCCCACAUGGCAAGAGCAGAAAGAACAAGAUGCAGGUGAGGUUGAAUGAGUAACCAGAGUAGGUCAUGGGUCUUUUAAUCUAUAUAUUAUUCAUUUCAGCUGGAAACUCACCCUGAACUCUUCCGUUAAGGCGGUCUCAGGUUUUCCAUGUUCAUGUUAAAUGGCUCUUUUAUUGAGACUUUUUUAACUAAUGUUUUUGAAUUAUAUUUUUAUACAGUCACAAAUAAAAACUCAGAACUCCUUGAAAGUCUUGUGUUUGUGAGGACAUAUGCCCUCUGAGCAGACAAACAGAACAUCAACAGGCAUAAGUAAUUGUUUUGUCAAACAUCAUCAUUUGUUAAUUACGUUCCUUUAUGUCAGAAGUGUUUGCCAGAUCUAAAUUCUUGUUUCUGAAAGUGAAACAUAAAUUUCAACAUCAUUGCCAAAAUCUUGCUUGUCCUACAGAUUGUCUUUCUAUUCUGUACACUCAGUACUUAGAAUCUUCAUAGACAAAUACAUAUUGAUUGUGAGAUUUGGAAAAGAAUAAAAACAAUAGUAAAAGUGAAAUUUUUAAAACAGCAUCCACUCAAGAAGGCAUAGGUGAAAUUCGUGUGAUUUCAGGCCGUUUACUAUUAAUCAUGAUUGUAUGACAAAUGUAGGAAGCUCUAUGGUUGUCAUUGCCCUUAGAAAGCGUGGAGACUAAAACAUUUGCUGUUACCCAUGGGCCUGUUCUUAUGAUUGACUAAAGCCAUCCCUACCACGUCCCUAGGUAAUGACAAGUGAGCACAGUGCUCUUUCAGUUAAGUUUCUUGAAUGGACUCCGGUCAGUGCACAUAAUAAAAGUGGCGCACUCUCUUCCAGGCACUGGUAAGCUUUCCCUACUGCUCUAACUUGGGCACUGACUUAGAUCCUAACGAUGGAAAACUAAGACGUGACUUGUGUCUGGUAGAGUUUAAGUUUGUUCUCAAGGUGCUCUUCCUGAAGUCUGUUUAAAGAAACGAGUAGGAAUUUUUAAAAAUUUUCUCAGCCUGUUUCAGUGUCACCCCGCCGUCCUCCAAAAUCAACCAAAUGUACAUCAUCAAGAAGCAAUCCCAUUUUUAUUUCCACGAUCGCUAGAUUUUCAUGUUGGCCGUAGUUCCUGCCAUCACUGAUCAAGUGUGUGCUUCACUAACCCCAUACUUUGCUGCUUCUGCCACUACAGGGGCUGUGCUGAGCCCCAGCGUCUGCUCUAUGGAACCAGGGUAAAUCUAGGCUUUCUUCUGGGAAGGCAGAAAUCCAUGACAUUUAUAGCAAAAUACAUUGUAAACCCACAGGCAAGGAUGGAGGCCUCACAGUCGUGCUUCUAGGAGAUGGGAAAGCUUUGUUUGAAGCUACAGGUUGGUGUCAGCACCUUAGGUAUGGAGAGCAGGAAGCAGUGGUAUUUAACGGGUAGCAUAUGUACUUCAGCAUAUAGUGAUAUCCUGGUAUUUGAAUGCCGCAAGGUUCCGACAUGUAGAUGAAACACAGCAAGCGUUUGAGUUACGGCAGUGUCUCCUAAAUAUUUACUGAUGGGUAGGCUAUAGGUUUCCUUUAGUAGAAGGAAGAAAAAAUUGUCUUUAUCUUUCCUGUCAGUGAGAUUGGGGGGGGGGGGUCUCUGCUGGUUUGUAUUUUCAUAUUUCAGUAAGUAUAUAUUGAAGUCCUUAUUUUCUGUCAUAUAAAAUAGCAACCAUUUCUAUGUCCCUUAGCAAAAGAAAAGUCUCAACUCGAUAACUUUUUUUUGGCUUAGUUCAGCUUUGUAAACAGUCCACAAAAGGAGGGGGCAAGGAAGGCUGGGCACUGUGGCCUUGUACCCAGAUAAUCACAACAUGUUACCACGGUGAGAGCCGAACAGCAUAGCUCCUUCUCCUCCCCCUAUUGCAAAAGUAGUUUUAGUUUGGCCUUGCCAUAUUUAUAGCUAAGGAUUUACUACAUUUUGGUAGUCUGUUUUGAAACUAAAUACUUGUCUCUGAAAGACGCAGAUAAAGUCUGCCUAUUUCUUACACAGUGGGCUCUGUUUGCUCCAGAAAAGAGUGAAACUUUUACCUGCUUAGCACACUUGCCAUUGAGAUACCUGACAGAGCAGAGGUUAUAACUUUGGCUCUAAUUACUUUUAAUAAUGAUAAGACGUGACUUUUGUUUGUUUACAUGCUGUUUACAAUGGCAUAAUUUUUAAAAAUCUAUAUGAGAAUUGAGAUAUUUAUUGCAUACUAUUUUAAAGAUGUUUUCAUGUGUUUUCACCUUUGGAAUAUAUUGUUACAUUUCCUUGUACAGAUAAUUCGGGUGGCUUUGUUAAUGUAGCUAAUAAUUUUUAUGACUACUAAGUGACCAGUUUCGGUGCCUUCUGUCUUGGGAUGCAUGGCUGUGUAUUUAUUGUAAGGAAGCCACUGAUGUGUGUAUUUUUGUACUUUGCUGAGAGUAAUGGUUGAUGUACAUGAUGAGAGAUGUCUUUCCCAAAGGGCACUGCCUUCAGAGUGACCUUCUCAAAUAAAAAAAGACUGCGU